CGUGCUAAAUUGGCAAGUCAGCGAAAACAUUGUUAAUUCAUUUUAAAGUCAAUGAAAGUUUGGUGUUUUUUUGGCGAGCCCCAAAGUUCAUGUUUGUUUUGGCAAUUCGUGUAAAGUUGAGGUUUUUUUUGGCCGAACUCUCGUUUUUAAAUCAAAAUUCAGAACUCAUUAAACCAACAAUCUCAAUACUUGGGACUUUAAAAUUUAUAGCUUUGAUAUUAAACUGGAUAAGACUCCAAACUCCAAAUUAUAUAUGGUGUACGUCGACAUAUUGAUCUUAUUUUUGUUGAGCUGUCUUAAAUUACAAUGAUUAUAUCAUGACUCGUGUGAUGCAUUUGCCAUUUGGCCACUAAAUAUUACUUUUUUCCUGGCAACGAGUAAGCCAUUUUAUUUUUUCGUAAAAUGCUAAAAUUUUAAACAUUUUAUGUUUUUGACAGAAAUACAACCAAGAUUCGAAGCGAACUAAUCAAAUAAAAAUUAAGCAACGCCAAAUAUAAAAAGUCAGAACGACUAAACGAUCAGGGAAACGCAAAUGCAGGAAGGAAUUCAUAUGAUCUCGAAUAGCACAAAUCCAGUCUUCCAACGACACACAAACAGAGAUUAAGACGAUGCUUUGAUGCACGAAUUUUAAUCUUUCGAAUACUGUAUUUUUUUUCUUUCUGGUAAAGCACUAUUGAAUACAUGAAUGUACAUAAUUUCUUGAAUCGUUUAAUAGAAAUAUUUGGCGGACUACAACAUUCUGCUCAUCUGAGGGUAUUUCCAUCCAUACUCCAUUUUUUCCUCUAAAAUGGAGUAAAAGUGAAUAUGGAGUAAGGAAUGCUCUAACCCAACUCCAUAUCUCACUCCAUUAUGAAAUUUACUUCAUAAAUGGAGUAAACUAUUUUUUGUUUGGUCAUCACUCCAUUAUGGAGUGAGAAAUGGAGUAGGAUUAAAGCAAUUUUAUUCCAUUUUCACUUUUACUCCAUUUUAGAGGAAAAAAUGGAGUUUUACAUUGGAGAUGCUAUAAGAGUACCUUGGAUAAAUUUGGAGACGCGGCCUUGUAUAAGACCAUCUCCAAUGACUUACUCUAUUUUUUACUAUAAAAUAGCGUAACUCUAUAAUAGAGUUUGAGUUUGCUCCAAUGAUACUCUAUUUUAGAGUAGAAAAUAGAGCGAUGAACAAAAAAAACAAAUUACUCUAUAUUUGGAGUAAACCUAUUUUUCACUCUAUUAUAAAGUGGAAAAUAUAGUACUAUUGAAACAUUUUUUACUCUAAAUUCUAUUUUAAAGUGAAAAAUAGAGUGAGGUUAAAAAUGCUCUAACUAACAAACAUAAAAAAAUCACACAACAUUUUGAUUAUCUGAAUCUAAGUACUUCGCAAGUUUGCAGCCAAAUUUUCUAGGGGAAUCUAGGGGCCGGACUCUAUAGGAAAUGAUUAAAAGAUGGCUAUUAUGACUAAUUCAUGACUUUUAAAACUAGUUAUGGGGAAAGAAAGCACGUUGUAAUGAUGAAAUAUACUAAAGGGUAUAAACAAAUAAUUGAAAGUACAAUUAUAAUCAUUGAUAUGAAUUUUCCUGUUUUCUUUUAACUUUCGUUAUAAAGCUGCAUAACAAGUGCCAUGCAUGUGGUUGUUCUCUAAAAUGUAAAGAUUCAUCUUAUACUAUUAAAUAACAUGAACAUAUUCCAUAGACCUAUUCCAUUUAGCUACUAAGACCAUGAUUAACCCAUGUUCUUAGGAUGAAGUUCUUAGUUUUUAGCUUCGGCUAAAAACCUUUCUUAGCUUUUAACUAAAAAAGCUAAAACUGUCUCUUAAAUAAAAGAUAUAAGAACCGAUUUUUAGCAAAAAAAAUAUAAAAGAACAAAAAACAAAAAGUAUCAAAUUAUGAAUUAAAAACCUCAAAUUAAGAACCCGGAUUAAUCAUGCUCUAAUAAUUUUAAAAUAGAAACUCAAAAAUUUAAAAGUAUAUUCAUUAAAUUAUCCUAUUUUUGUGUAACAAAUGGCAUAUUAUUAUUAUUUUCAUCAAUGGUUUGUAAACGAAGUCUUGAUAAAUUUUUAGGAUUUACAACAACCUCCAAAAAAACACACGUGUACUAGUUUAGUCAAAUAAUUGUAUCAGCUAAAAAUGUUGAUAACAUAGUAAUCAGUUGUUUCCCGCCCUUUUUACGUACUUAUUUUAUGUUAAUAGUAUUUUUAUAUGAUGCACCAAAUUAAGUUGCGCAUGCAUGCUUUAAGAUUUAAGUAUUUGACACCGGAGAGAACGAUUUAACUAUGUUAUACACCUUUACUCAGCUAUUCGCCAAAAGGGCCGGUUAUGGAAAAAGAGCUAGUAUUUCUUUGUUUUUGUUGGGGGUAGCCCAUCUAAUGAGAGCUUCAUCAUGAUGCAACACUAUUACGAAAUUCACACUAAAACGAGUAAAAAUUUUCUUUGGUUAAAUAAAGUUAUGUUCAUUUAGGGUCCAACUGGUGACACCAAUUGAGGAAAAAAAUUGCAGGGAAUACUAUGUUCCUCUCAAUUCCCGUCUUUUGUUACCAGUUAAAGGGAAAUUUUAUUACUUGUAGGAAUUAGAAAUUCCCCCACGUUCCUUUUCUUAUGAGGAAUAUAGUGUAAAUAUAUUCCAUGUCAAAUUAGAUAAGGAAUCAAAAGGAAAACUAUAAAAAUGGUAAAAAAUAUAUAUUAAUAUGUUAAUGUACCAAAUAAAUUUAUAGAAAACUGACAUUUUAAACCAACUUCUUAAUGUACGUAGGUUUGUCUUCUUCUAUAUAACACUAGUUCAUCAAGCUUUUUCUUCAUAUAACCCUAAUACAUCUAGAAACAAGAGAAGUAGGUAAACUAUACUUUUAAGAUUAUUUAUUUUGUGUAUAAGAAAAAACACAACGCACUGAUCAGUGUUGGUUAAUAAUAAAACUUGUUUCAUGUAUUUAUAUUAUAGCUAUCAUGUCAACUCCAAGAAAUCAAAACGGAGCACGUCGUGGACGUAAGUCAAACAAUGAGGCAAGAACCACAAUCGAUGGUGAAACCACUCGUGAAGGCCAUGUAAUUAUGUUAUAUAAUUUUUUCUGCAGUAAUGAGCUGUAUAAAUGAGAUAUUUUAAGUUAACAACUAGAAAUAUGUACUUUAGUAUCUAUGGAAAGACAAAAAUUGUCAAGUUAUGCUUGAACUUGUCAUUGCGGAGUUAAGAGCAGGAGACUACCGUAGUAGAAUGCCCGAUGCUGCUGCUAAGAAAAGAAUUGAGAACAAAUACUUUGAGUUGGCGGGAGAAAAGAUUUGUUGGGAUCCAGAAAUAACUAACAAAAUUUGUUACCUACGUAAACUAUGGAGUAUCAAUGGUCAACUGAUGAAACGUACUGGAGUUGCAGUUGAUCAAUCUACUGGACAAAUAGAUAUGAUGCAAACUUGGUGGGCUGAUCGGAUUGCAGUAAGUCUUUAUGCAUAUACAAUUAACUAUGUUCUUAUUAAAAAUCUAGUAACCUACAUUUUUAUGGUUAUCUAUGUAGGAAUAUGGAAAUAAAGGAAAAUUUGUUAGCGUGUUGCAAAAAAACCCGUUGCCGUUCAAAGAUUUGCUAGACCAAAUUUUUGGUGAACAUGAUGUUGAGCAAGAUGAACGUUAUUCUCCGCAUAUGCUUGGCCAACAUAUCCAGCAGAUUCAGCCUUCUUUGCCUAGCAAUGAUGACACGGUAUUUGACCAAAUGCAAGAAGAUCAAAGUGUUGAACAAAUUGCAGAUGCGACUAACGAUCAAGGAUCCCAACCGCCAACUCGAAGAACAUCAGCCCGUCGCCCUUCAAGAAGAAGAAGUAGUUUUGAAACACAGGUUGAGAGUGGAUUUCAACGUGUAAUAGAUACUCGGCAAGAUAUUUUGGAAGAACUACGGUCACGAAAAGUUCAAAAGCUAUCAUAUGGUGAUGCGACGGCUGUUCUAGAAAAACUACCAAUUGAACAACUUGGAGUGUUUUGGUGGGCAGCAAAUAAGCUGUUGAAGAAUGAAGUAGAUGUCCGUGAAGCAUUUAUAAAAAUAGAGAGUCAAGAUAUUAAGAUCAGAUAUUUGGAGAGUUUAGUUGGCAUAGAUAGAUACGGCAAUCCAUGCACUCAUGUUGAUCUGCUAAUGACAAGUCAGAACCUCUUUCAGAAUGUUGGAAUGACUGGAACUAGUUCAAUGGGAACUGAAACUGUUAGAACUGAUUUCAUGGGCUUACUUGGGAUGCACUCUUCUGAGUUAGAAGAAUCAACAAAAAAUGCAGCACGUGUAGUCCAUAUACAUGAUGAUGGAAGUGAUGCUGAAAAGCUUGUUUAAGUUUUCUGAGAUUUAUAUUUUGGUGUUUGAUAUUUAUAUGGAUUUUAUUUAUUUUUAUUUAUAAAAGCAUGAAGUUUUUCUAAGGAUUAUAUCAAUAAUAAGUUUUAUAAAUAUAUAUGCAGGAUCUUCGUAUUAUAUAUUUACUUUCUCGUGGAACUGAAAAUCUAGAAGAAGAUGAGUUAGUGGAGCUUAUGUUAUUGGAAGAAGAAGAAUUUAUGCAAAGGUGCAUGCAUCCUAUAUUAGAGUAUUACAAAAACAACUUUUGCAAGAAUCCAAUGAACAACGUGUGGGGAAAUGGUUGGAAAAUAAUACGGGAACAAAUCUACAGCAAUGAAAUCUCGUGCCGUACUCUUAUUCGUAUGAGCUCAGAAGCGUUUAUCCGUUUAUGUGAAGUCCUUGAGAAAAAGUAUGGGUUACAAGAGUCGCUUAAUAUUAAAGUCGAUGAGAGUGUUGCAAUUUUUCUUGUUCUCUGUGGUCAAAAUGACACUCAACAUGACAUCGGUUUAAGAUUCGGUCAUGCCCAGGAGACUAUAGGUAGAAAGUUUCAUCAUGUUCUGGGGGCAAUGGUAAAAUUGGCAGUUGACUACUUACGGCCAAGAACUGCUUCUGAGUUUGAAGCAAUAUCUAAUAGUUUACAAGGAGAUAAAAGAUAUUGGCCAUAUUUUAAUGGAUCUAUCGGGGCUCUUGAUGGAACACAUGUACCCGUAAUGGUGACUCCAGGUCGUGAUGCAUUACGAUUUGUGAACCGGAAAGGAACGGCAAAUCUAAAUGUUCUAGGAGUAUGUGAUCACGAUAUGCUUUUUACAUAUUGUUUCGUUGGAAUGGCAGGAUCAACACAUGACUCUAGAGUGCUAGAUACCGCUAUGCGCGAUGAUCCGUUGUUUCCUAAACCUCCUGGAGAAAAAUAUUAUCUCGUAGAUUCUGGUUAUGCAAAUAGACGUGGUUAUUUAGCUCCAUACCGAAAAGAAAGAAAAGAAGGUACUCGAUAUCAUCUUCAAGACUUUAUAAAUUGCGAGCCUCCAAAAAAUAGUAAGGAAAUGUUCAAUAGAUGGCAUGCAUCAUUACGUUCAGUUAUUGAACGUACGUUUGGUGUAUGGAAGAAAAAGUGGAGGGUUUUAAAUGAAUUCCCAAGGUACGACAUCUCCACACAGAGGAACGUUAUAUUUGCAACAAUGGGGCUUCACAACUUUAUUAGGUGGAACAAAAUUAAAGAUGUUGAUUUUGAGGAAGCGACUAUGGAGAACAGUGGUGUGCAUAUGCAUCAAAGUGAGAAUGAUUCAGAUGAUGAAAAUGAUGUACGAGGAAAUGAAGAAACAUCAACGACAGUUUAUAUGAAGAUUGUUCGAGAUCAGAUUGCUACACAACUGUGGUCAGAUAAAAGACUUGGCUCCCGUCGAGUAUAGGUCAGUAUGUGUUUUUCUCUUUAUUAUUAUAUACAAAUUCUUGGAUAUAUCUAUAUCUCUUAAAAAGCACAAUAUAUACUUUCAGUAACACAAGUUUUUGUUUUGUAGUUAUGAGCUACAUGCAUUGUGGCAAUUGAACUGGACAUGGCAACAUGAAGCGUAGACCAAAAAUCUUGCUUAUAUUAUUUAUUAUUUUUAGAGUUAAUUAUCUGAUUAUUUAUUGUUUGAAAUUUUGUUCCUUGUUUUGGUUACCAUUCACUGACAAUUUGUUACAUUCCUUCUCUACAAUUUUUCCUUCUAAUUAAUUCCAUAUCAUU